AGGCCCAAUUAAUCCCAAUUCUCCCUUUUUCUCUCUCUCUCUGAAACGUUUUCUUUCUCCAGUUCUUCCUCUUCUUUUAGGAGUUUUGGGAGGAUUAAGGUUUUUUUUUAAAAAAAAAUUAAAAUAGAAAAAAGGAGGAAUGGGUUCGUGUGCUUCGUUGCACAAGGACCAGGAAACUCUAAUGAAUAGACGCCUUGUGAAUCCGUCGCCGGUCAAACUCCAAAGCGCCGCCGUAGACCGCUCUAAGUUUUCCGACACUCUGCCUUCGCCCACCCCCCUACCCGCUUCUGCUGACUUUGGUAGCAAAGAUGAAACAUUUUUUGAUUCUCAACUCUACUUUGAGUCUGAUUGUGAUGAUGACUUUCAUAGUGUUAAAGGAGAUUUCACGCCGUCCAGAGGGAACACGCCGGUCCACCAUAGAUUUCCAGCGGGAGGGACGACAGUACUUAUGAGUGACAGAAUUCCCAUUUGUACCCCUUCUAUAACAUCUCCAACUGAUCAGAUUCAGAAGAAGAGCCUUGCAGACUUUUUCAGAGAAAGUUCUUGCGGUGGGGCUGAAGAAGAAGAUGAAGAAGUUGGUCGUGCUUUGGAUUCUUCCAUGAAUGCCGCCACUAAUAUGUCCACUCCGGGAUCAUCGGCUUUUUGUUCCUCUGCAUGUAGUAGUAGUAGAACUACUGCUACCACCACUACUGCUGCAAGUCAUAGCCAAGAACUCAAACUCUCCGUUUCAUCGGAAUCGCGAAAACAGGGACAAUGUUGUCUUCCUGUUCCGAGGUUGCUUUCAAGGCGAAGCUUUGGCGCAGAGAAGAAGAAUACGCCGCGGCACGAAACUCAAUAGCCCGUACCCAUAGGUAAUGGGGGUAAGAGUAUAAUCCAAAAAUGCUGCUGAUCGGUACUGGGAGGAGGUAAAUUGAGUUAUAAGUCUUGUUUGGGAACAUCAUUUUUAGUCGUUGGCAUUUUCGGUUAUUUUAGUAUUGGUGCAUAUUAAUAUAAGGGUAACGGAUACCAUUUGACCAUGUAUAGUCAUGGAGCCCCGAUGGGGGCGUUAUUCAUCAUGUGGCAGCCACCUCAUUGGGGGCUCCAUACCUUAAGAUGAUGUAGUACAUAAAGCCUUAAAAUGAAUACGAGGCUUAUGG